AUGUCAAUUCUCAAGCGCUCUUCGACAAGCCACAACAGUGAAUACGAACGACUACGACGGGCCUAUGUCAACACAGAUGUGCGAGAAGCCUAUCCAAAGGAAAUCCACCUCGUCAGCUCGAUCGCCGACGUCCAGCAUGCGGUCAAGAAUGCGAGAAACCUCGGCGCAAAGAUUGGGGUCCGGUCCGGAGGACAUUCCUACUCGAACAACUCACUGAUCAAUAAUGGCAUCCUCGUUGAUACAUCGAAUCUCAACCGCAACGUCGACUAUGACCCAGUAUCGCACGAGAUCUCCUUCGGUCCCGCCGUACGUGUAAGGGAGCUCUCCGAAGCAUUGCAGAAGAUCAACCGCUUCUUUCCGCAUGGACACAGCCCGACCGUCGCUGCCGGUGGGUUCAUACUCAACGGAGGGCAGGGCUUCUACUGUCCAACAUGGGGUGCAACCGUGGAUCAAUGGGUGACGAAGAUGGAGAUUGUGACUCCGGACGGUCAAGUCAGGAUUGCAAGCCACACCCAGAACGCCGACCUCUUCUGGGCAGCUCGUGGCGCUGGGUUGGCCUUUUUCGGGAUUUUGACCAAAAUAUGGGGUCGGACGAUCCCUGCUCGCAAGAUGUUUACCAGAUCCAUGACUUUUGACGUCCAAAACAACAUGGAAGAUCUUCUGUACUGGUCCAUGCAUACAAGUAGCCUCGUCCCCAAAUGGGGUACCGAGCACGCUAUAUUCACUCACUACCCAGAACGAUUCGACCCCAACCUCACAAAUGACGAUGUGCCAUCACCCGCAAACCUCCACCUAGGAAUCUUCGCGUCAGCAUAUGCCGACACCAAGGAAGAAGCGGAAGCUCUCCUCAGUCCGUGGAAUAAGAUUCCAGCAUCGCUGCAACCCUCCAUUAAGGAGUUGACAGAAGUGGAUGAAAUGACUUGGUCCCAAUACUUCGAUAUCCAAGAUGCCAUGGUCCCCACUGUAGAGGGCAUGAAAUGGCAAAUCAACAGCAUCCUGCCGGACCCAAACAUCCCCCUGAAACAACUUUGUAAAGCCAUCGUGCCCGCAAUGACCAAUCUCCCGACCCGAAGGUCAGUCGGCAACAUCUUCUGCUCAUUCUUCACGGCAAAUGAAAAGGACCACCUGUGCGGCUUGCCGCAGCAGUACUACAUCUCCACGUUCACCCAGUGGAUGGAUAAGUCGUUACAACCGGGUAUAUACGAUCUCAUGGCUGAUACUUAUGCACAAAUUUACCCCUACGCCGCUGGGAUGUACAUUGCAGAUUGGGAUCCGUUUGAUAAACGACAGGCUAAGGUCAAGGUCUGGACGGAUUAUGGCCUUAAGAAAUUUUUGGAGAUCCGAGCGAAAUAUGAUCCGGAAGACCUCUUUCCAAAUUACAGGCCUAUUGCCGCCGCCGGCGCUUCGCUCGCGCAGUCUAAACUUUAA